CCCGCCCCGGCUCCCCCCUCAGCCCCGCUCCGUCCCGCCGCGCCCCGGCCGCUCCGCGCCGCGUGAGGCACCACGAUGGCUGUUCUCUCCAAGGAAUAUGGCUACGUCAUUCUGACUGGGGCUGCCAGCUAUGUCCUGGUCAUGCAUCUCGCCAUGAAUGUGGGCAAGGCCCGCAAGAAGUACCAUGUGGAGUAUCCAACCAUGUACAGCACAGACCCUGAGAACGGGCACAUGUUCAACUGCAUCCAGCGUGCGCACCAGAACACAUUGGAAGACUACCCUGCCUUCCUGUUCUUUUUAGGCACUAGUGGAAUCUACCACCCGCGAGUGGCCACAGGGCUUGGCAUAACCUGGAUCUUUGGGAGGCUCAUCUAUGCCUAUGGCUACUACACAGGAGAGCCCAAAAACCGAAGGAGAGGGGCCUUUGGUUGCGUGGCACUCCUUGGGCUGGUGGGCACAGGCGUCUAUUCAGCCUACCAGCAGCUGGGCUGCCAGCUCAUCUGCAGAACCUAAAGGGACUUUUCAUCUGUUUUCUUUUAGAACACUUGGCUUCCUGUAUUUUUUUCCUUUUCUUUCUCAAUAAAAGGAAGUUGUCCAUUCUGUAUUUUCA